AUGAUGUGUGGAGGAGUUUUGGCCACCCAACCGGCCACCGCUGAAACGCAGCAGAUGGCGGAAGAGGUAAAGGCACAGCUUGAAAAGAAAGAAAACAGGAAGUUUCCAGUCUUUAAGACUGUGGAAUUUAAAAGUCAAGUGGUUGCUGGAAUGAACUACUUCAUUAAGGUUCAUGUUGGUGAAGAGGAGUUUAUACAUAUUCAAGUGUUCAGAAGCCUCCCUCAUGAAAACAAGCCAUUGGCUCUACACGGUUAUCAAACCAACAAAACAAAGAAUGAUGAAUUGGUCUAUUUUUAA